ACGGUUUUAGACGGUUUUAGACGGUUUUUGCGUCCCACAUCGGCCAAUAGGUCCAACACAUUAUAUUAUCGCGUCGGAACUUGACAAAAAAAAAACUGUUGUUCGUUGAAACACUAUCGAAGUUGUGUGAUCACAUAUAUAAGAGAGAUUGGUUGGAUGAAUUUGAAUUUUAUUUCAUUGAAACUAAUAUCGCCGAUAUGCGGCACAUUUACAAGAGAAUUGAGGCGUUGAAGUGUCGGUGGGUGUAAAAAUGUUACGUUAAAGUGUCGCGCUCAAGUAUCGAAUCCAACAAUUUCGGUUAAUUUGAAUGAUAUUACAUAACAUCUGUGCAUACAAUUGACAAAAUUGAACCCGGUCUUGUUGGUUUUCUAGUGAAAAAUAAUGAUUUUACCGACAAGUAAAUAGUGCGACACGGGUGUAACUCGUGUAACUUCAUAUUAUAUCACCCAAUUUAUACGAAAACAAUACAAUAUGCUUUUCGACACUCCAUUUCGCAGUAAAUAAAAUCGCGUCGAGUGAAUCGUAUAAUUUUGAUGAAACGCUUUCGGUUUACAGCAAAACAAAAAUUGUUUUAGACCAACACGCUCUUCCUCACCUAUUUAUAACUUGUAUGUGUACGCUGGAAUUAUAUAAUGCUGACUCCUAUAUCCAUGAUCCGUGAUUAAAGAAGAUGAUGGGGCCUGUAAAUGUGAUCGUUAAGGCACAAUAAAAAGCACUUACGCCAAUUUUUUGUUUGUUUUUCUUUCGUUUCGAAGUCGUUUGCACAGCAGAGAGAAAGAGCGAGCGGAGUAAAAUAUUACAAUCACCACUGGGAAGAAUAAAUAACGAUCAAAACUAAACAGAAAAACCGAAAGGCCGAAACAAAAAUUUAUCGACAAAACUGUGUGUGUGUAGUCGUUGGUGUAUUUUCAUUAAAUUUUAUUUUUUUCCCUCAACAAAAGCAUUGAGAGGAAGAAGAAGAAAAAGAAUAAAGCGAAACGGCAAAACGGAUAUUUAUAUAUAUCAGAUUCAAUGUACGACUAAGAAUUAAGCACAUCGUCCAGAUAAUACAAUAUAAAACGGAGAAAAAUUUCAGCAAGAUAAUAAAUGCCCGGUCUUCUAUUAAAUGCAGCCAAUAUGACGACGGAGAAAUUAUUGCCAAUGGUGGAGGCAACGACAACAGCCAUUCCGAUAUCUAAAACCACAACGACCAUAAUAACAAACCUUUCAGCUGGAUCUCAUGGGCAAAAUAAACGACCAACAAUAAUUAUAUAUCCAACGGUUUCGCCCGAAUCAAUUGUGAUACCUAUUGUUUCCUGUAUACUUGGUUUUCCACUAUUAGCUUUACUAGUAAUAUGUUGUCUUCGACGACGCGCGAAGUUGGCAAGAGAGCGAGAUCGUCGUCGAAAUUACGAUUUACAGGACCAUGCCGUUAGCCUGGUCAGAUUUAGUCCUAUACAUAGGCUCACUAGCCGUACCACGAGAGCUAUCAGUCUACGUUCUGAACGAAGCAUGAGCCGAGGAUUCCCAUCACUCGAACUAGACACCGUAAUGGAAGAACGUAGUGAUGAUCCCGAACAGACUCAGAUUGAUUUAAUGACUCCAGAAUCCCCAUCUGACCCAAUGAAGCCCAGCGAUUCAUCCAGUAGCUAGCAAAUGUUUACCCAAACCAUAACCAUCACCAAAUCGAUGUUCAGUCGCAAAACGAGACGGAAAUCGGAUCGUUUGCAUCGUUACAGCGACGACGGUACGUUGAACAGCGGCAGUUCGUCAAACACAUCGACCACAUCCGAUUCGCAACUAGCCGAUACGGACGAUGUUCAUGGUAGAAAGAGUAAACUGUUUACGCUGACCAGUGAUCGCUCACCGUUAUGGACAACAUUGACACAUGCCCAGACAAUCACAGAGUUUGCUGAAAGUUGAUAAUUGUUUACAACAUUUUCCACCAAACUUUUUUUUUAUUGUCGAUGGAAAUUGAUGUGAUGGAUGGUUCCAGCUUUGUAGUGCGUAAUCUCCUUUAAACGUGUGUAAAGUGUUUAUCGAUAGAGAUUUUUCUUUAAAAAUAAUUAAAUUAAACUUUGAUCUCGAUUCGUUUCCAAUAAAUGUAGUGGUAAAAUUGAGAUAAAACAUUAUCCAUUUGGCGUUGCGUUCGAAUUUUGGCGCUACAAUUUAGUGUUCGUUCAGAUAAACUUUGAAAAAUGUAUUUGACCUUGCACUUGUACCUAUUAUACCGCAUUGAGUAUGGUUUCCACUCAACAAAAAGUACUUCGUGAGAGAGCAAACUGUCAAAUAAACAAAGCAAAAAUUAAAAAAAUUCAAUUUUGCCUCACAUACGAUGAUUUUUGAUGAGUGGAAAUCUAGCGUGAAGGUAGCCUCACAGUCAUCCGUUUUCAUACCGUUUUGCCUCCGUGUACGUGACAGCUGUAAUGUCAAGCAAAAUGCUCUAUUGUAUGAAAUGCCAACUGUCAUGUUGAGGCAAAACAGAAUGAAAACGGAUGACAUGAAUUCAGAUUUAUAAUGAAAGAGGCUACACAUAGCGACGCAAAAGAGUCCAAACUCAAAUUUUCCUUUUUUAUACUGUCAACAGUGCUUUUCCCCAAGGUUCUGAAAGAACCUUGCUUUUCCCAUCAGAGAGAUGCUAAUAUA